AUGGGUCCUCCGAAAAAAAACAAUGCUGCUCAAAGUGACAAGCCCGCCAACCCUGGCAAGACCUCCCAAGGUGUGGGCAAAACCGCAAGGCAAACACGCUCUACCAACGCGCAGGCUCUUGAACAUCUCGAGGACGCAUACAACAAAGCGGAUGAUGUGAAGAAGAGAGAGAUAGACCAGCAAUACACCACUAGCAAGCGCCAAGUCCCCGAAGGCAUGGAAGUAGAUGACGACGGCACCUCUGCGCCACCGGAAGAAGAGAAGAAAGACGCGGCGCCGAAUGAGGCACCUCAGGAGCGUGGAUCCGGUCAACCUAACGAGGCAUCAGGAAAUCCCAGAUCCAAAACGAAUGCUGCCGAGCCGCAGUUCAAGGCCGAAGAAGAUGAUGGUCUUUUCCUAACGGAACACCAUACUGGAAAGCAGGCGCACACCGGCGACAAUAGUUCUGACGACCUAGAAGAGCUGGGCGACAUCGGAAGAAUUACCUCCGCGACAAGUAUAGUCGACAGUAAGCUGGACAUAUCCAUAAAGGGGCCCUUCGGCAAGUGGUAUGCCAUUUAUCGAGAUGGUCCGCGCCAAGCACCAUACUACCACAUGGGCCGCAUGGCUGAUGGUCAGUUUUCUGAGAGUGGAAAGAACGUGUUCCGUCUUGGAGAGUCGGGCUCGGAGCCACGGAUUCGUCGAGUCAUCGGUUUCGUGGGGUACAAGACAUAUCAUGAUUAUCUUGGCCUGCUCAAAGCCUUGGCCCAGAGGCACUGGCCGGCGGAGAAUGGAAGUACGCGAAAGAAGCCGCCCAUGAUGUUCGUCUGCGUGCAGUGGGAGGAUAGAACAACGACCUGGGAGUGGCGAGGAAAGUUAAAGAAGCAUUCUCAAUUUGGUGGGCAAGCGAAGAUAGUAGCCCCAAGAACCAUCGAGUACGAGAAUGUCGUGCUAGUGGAGGACGGGGAGAGGAUCCACUCCGCCGAUUUCGCCUUUGUUGAGACCGCUGCCCAGCUUGCGAAGAGGCACCAGCAAUGGAUACUGGGACAACGCAAGAGCGAGUCUCGAUCGCUAUCUCCGGGCUUGGUUCUUGACACCGUGGAGGUCGACGGCAAGAAUUUCCAGGACGGCUAG